AUGCGCCCACAAGCUGAUAUCACUCCAUCCGGCCUCACUUCUCAAAGUGACGACGAAACGUAUAACCCAAAUUCCAGGGACAAACUACUCGACAACUGGUACAAAACAGUAAACAACUUGAACAAAUUCUGGAAAAUAUGGCACGAGCAAUACAUUCUCAGCCUACGUGAGAAAUACGACGCUCACCACAAACAGCCGCAUAAUUUAACUUGUAGAGAACCACAGUUAAACGAGAUAGCUGUACUUCUAGAAGACGAAACACCACGAGGCGAAUGGAAAUUGUGCCGAGUUGAAGCGAUAAAUCGAAACGAAAACGGUCAAGCUCACUCAGUGGACAUUCGUAUACCGAACGGUCAUACUCUAAAAAGACCGAUCAACAAAAUCAUGCCGCUUGAAAUCACCAAUGUAAAAGUCAACGAAGAUAAAACCGAUUUGGAGGAAAAGCUUCCAAAUACUGUUGGUACAAAUAAAAAACGACAGCAUGCACAUGCAGCCUUCUCGACACUCUGCUUAUUAGCAAUGCUCACUCUUGGUAUCAACGCAGAUCACUUUAUCGUUAAUACCUGCGUACGACAACCACACGGAGUCCUCAUGAAAUUACCAACCUUGCUCCAAUGCAACGAACUCUUAAACGCUCCAUACGUCGCUUCACAAACCGUCACCAUUUAUACGAGACAGUACCUCACAACGAAUGGAACAAGCUGCUCAAAAUUAACCAGAACAGUUUGUACAGAUUCCUUCCUCAGAUGGCACAUGGCAGUCGUGCGAGAUCAAACAUUAAUAACAAAUACAAGUACUCACGCAUGCUUCAUGAUGCAACAAACAAAGCAGUUUGAAGGCAUUCCAUUGAAGCCAGACGGACCAAAUAAAUGGUCCUCACGCCAACCAACUAAAUAUAGCUACGGUUGGUUCGGAACGAAAUGUCAAGAAACAAUAAAUUAUCGUAUAGAAAAGGGCAUUCUCAAUUUUUACGAUGGUAUGACCCGACUAGAAGGUUGUGAUAAAAGAAACGGUAAAUGCAUCACUCGAACGGAGACGCUCAUUUGGAAUCAGUCAGACAUCUUUCAACAAUGUCCAUAUCGUCAACUAGGUCUAUUCAGCGCCAGAAUAUCCAAGAAAUUUGUGACCGUCCCAAAACUACAAGAAAUAUUUGUUAGACAAAUAACAACAAACAGAACCUCAGAAACGUUUAAAUUAUGUGGUAUACAUCAAGGUGAGGAACUAAAAAACGGUAUGCUUAUUGACUUGGGCCCUCCAAAAGGUUUAGUCAACACAAAUGCUGCACACGAAAAUCAGGAAGCAUAUCCCUUACUCGUGGAAAAUGUCCCAGAGGAAACACGACGAAAAGGAAACGAUGAGAUGAACGCCAAGUUACAAUUUCUACUAUCUACUGUGGAACAAUUCAACUCGGAAAACCAAAACGAAAUAGAUCGCAAAUUAUGUGAAAAUCACAAUCACAUAUUACGGAUAAUAAAAUGGAUCGGUCAACAUGAUCCGACAGCAGCAGCCAGAAUGAUUUUAAAAAGAGAUGAUGUCAAAGCUGAAUUAAUCGGCGAUAAUUUAAGAGUAUACUCCUGUUUAAAGUUAAAGUUAACCACUAACGAAACAAUCGUGGACGCCUACAAUCAAGUUACGGAGAUACACCCGGCACAUAACAUCUUAUUCGACGCGCCGACAAUAACAGAUAUAAAUGAAGAAGAAAUAAUAAAAAAUUUACAAAUGCGAAACAAAAACUCUCAAUGGAAUCGUCAAGAAAGAAAACCAAAGAUGAACGACAUAACAGACGAAGUGGAAAUCGUAAUAAAGGACGUGGAAUCGGUGAUAGACAAAACGACGGAUGUCAUCGAAAACGAAAUAAAUGAGAUAAUGAAACACUGGCGGCUCAUCAGCUCACUGAUUAUAAUUACCUUAAUUUGCAUCAUUCUGGCAGUAAUAAUCGCUCAGCUAAAGGGGUAUAUCAAAUUAUGCUCCCACUUUUCAAACAAAAAAGGUCUGGAAAAACGACAUAACAAGGAGAACCAAAACAAAGAGAUCCAGCUUGAAAUGGCCUCUAUGGUACCCGUAAGCAAAGAGAUUAAUCUUGUAAUUAACUCUGUGGUACCUGCAGGCGUAAAAGCCACACAAACAACCAAACAGUUUGUGCCAGUCACCUGGGAGACCACCGCCGGCCCCCCACUGUCGCGAUUACCAGAUAAUCGCGAAGAAGAGACACACUAA